AAGGCAGGGGCAGCAGGCUGCUUCAACCGUCAGGUCCCAGUGUUUUCCCCUUCUGCUUGUGCUGACUCUCAUCAGAGAGGAGGAAGUUCCUCAGACGUCGUCCAGCUCAUCCCUUUCAUGCUCACAUUUUGAAUAAAGCACUUAAUCGGCAGCUGUUUACCUGCAUCUGUAGGUCAGAUGUUGAGUUAUUUUUGCCGCUAGCUUAAUAUUCAGAGCUUUUUCUGGAGUACGUCUUGUCCAUUUCAUCCUAACUUUGCAGGCAUGAGGGCUGAGGUGCUGUUCGUCUGGGUCGGAGUGGGCUUUUGUUGUGCUCUGAUCUGUGCUGAAGCGCAUGAGGAGGAGAAGCAGCUACCCAGCAACCAUGCCCGGAUGAGAGAAACCCAAGAUUUGGUCGAACCAGGAAGAGAAGGAAAACACCACGAUGUUGAAAUGUCAGAUGAGCCAGCAGAAUUUACAGAAAAGACAAAACCAAAGAAAAAGAAAACACCUGAGGAAAUUGAGGCAGCAAGGGCAAAGAAGGCAGCAGAGAGAGAAGCCAAAGCAAAGAAGCAGAAAGCCCCAAAGCCUACAAAGAAGCCCAAACUACCAAAGCCUACCAAGAAACCAAAACCACCUAAACCUACUAAAAAACCAAAGGCACCCAAACCCACUAAGAAGACCAAAACAACGACCAUGGCACAGCCAGACAUCCAGCCUCCUUCUUUGGAAGAGGAGCAGGAGAAACUUGGCUUGAACACAAUGAUUCCUCCCAUCACCCCGAAGGAGUCUGUUGAGCCAGACCUGGAUACCAAGAAUGCAACAUCUCCAACCAAAUCCCUCAGUGAGGUUGAUCCAGACUACUGGGACAGAAUUCAGGCGCGUGGUAGAUACCCUGUUAAAAAGGAGGUCACAACUACUGCGGUCAUCAUGUACAUACCAGAGGAAACCACCUCUGUUCCAUUUGUUGGCCCCUGGUAUGAAGACUACGACUACACCGACUUGGCAGCAAAGAAACAAGAAGAAGAGGAGGAGAGAGUUAGGAAGGAGAAGGCAGAAAAAGCGGAGCAGAUGAAGAAGAAGUGGGAGGAGGAAGAAAAGGAGAGGCUGAAGUCUUCUACACCAGCUGAGCCAAAAAAGUGCCCUCCUCUGGGUUUGGAGUCUCACCGGGUGGAAGACGACCAGCUGCUGGCUUCCUCUCAGUCUCACCAUGGCUUCUCAGCUCAGAGGGGACGCCUCAAUAUGCAGAGCUCUAAGAAUGAGGAGGACAUGUACGGUGGUGGAUGGUGUGCAGAGACUGAAGAGAAAGAGCACUGGUUUCAGGUUGAUGCUCGCCGAGAGGUAGAGUUCAGUGGUGUCAUCACUCAGGGCAGGAACGCAGAGCAACAUGAGGACUUUGUGUCAUCCUACUUUGUGGCCUUCAGUAACGACAGCAGAGACUGGACUGUGCUGCAUGAUGGCUAUGCUGAAUGGUUAUUCUAUGGGAAUGUGGAUAAGGACACGCCUGUGAUGAGUCAGUUUGUGCCACCUGUGGUGGCGCGCUACAUCCGCAUCCUGCCUCAGAGCUGGAACGGCAGCCUGUGUCUGAGAGCUGAGGUCCUGGCCUGCCAGCUGCCCAGCAGCUACCGCAGUGAGAAUGAGGUCAACCCUUCUGAUGACCUGGACUUCAAACAUCACAACUACAAGGACAUGAGACAGAUGAUGAAGGUGAUAAAUGAGGAGUGUCCCAACAUCACUAGGAUCUACAACAUCGGUAAAAGCUCCCAGGGCCUGAAAAUGUAUGCCAUGGAGAUCUCUGAUAAGCCAGGAGAACAUGAGACAGGUGAGCCAGAAUUUCGCUACACAGCUGGUCUCCAUGGUAACGAGGCUCUGGGUCGCGAGCUCCUCCUGCUGCUGAUGCAGUUCCUGUGCAAAGAGUAUAAUGAUGACAACCCAAGGGUGCGCCGCCUGGUGGACGGAGUGAGGAUCCACCUGGUGCCCUCACUGAACCCUGAUGCCUAUGAACUGGCCUUUGAGAUGGGCUCAGAAAUGGGCAACUGGGCUCUGGGCCACUGGACUGACGAAGGUUAUGACAUCUUCCAAAAUUUCCCAGAUCUGAACAGCAUCUUGUGGGGAGCUGAAGACCGAGGCUGGGUUCCUCGCAUUGUCCCCAACCAUCACAUUCCUCUUCCAGAAAAUGUCCUGAAUAGUACACUUGCAGUCGAAACAAAAUCUUUAAUUACCUGGAUGGAGCGAAACCCAUUUGUACUUGGGGCUAAUCUGCAAGGAGGAGAAAAAAUGGUGGUUUACCCUUUUGACAUGCAGCGUCCACCUAUUUCUUUAACUGAUAGCCGGCGGUGGAGAGUUAACUCUGAGAUGAGCGAGGAGACCUGGGCUCGAAUUCAGCGACAGAAUGAAGGAGCUCUGAGGGAGACUCCUGAUGACGCCAUGUUUCGCUGGUUGGCCAUGUCAUACGCCCACAGCCACCUGACCAUGACAGAGACCUACAGAGGUUCUUGCCAUGGUGAUGAUGUCACUGGGGGCCAAGGCAUUACCAACAGAGCCAGCUGGAAUCCAGUGGUGGGCAGUAUGAAUGACUUCAGCUACCUGCACACUAACUGCUUUGAGCUGUCCAUCUUCCUUGGCUGUGACAAGUUUCCCCAUGAAAGUGAGUUGCCUUUGGAGUGGGAGAACAAUCGAGAAGCUCUGCUGUCCUUCAUGGAACAAGUUCAUCGAGGAAUAAAAGGUGUAGUGAGAGAUGUGGAGGGAAAUCCGCUGCCUAAUGCCACCGUGUCAGUUGAGGGAAUAAGGCAUGAUGUCAAGACUGCUGUUGGAGGCGAUUACUGGCGGCUGCUGAAUCCUGGCGAGUACAAGGUGACCGCCAAAGCAGAUGGCUACACACCCCAGACACGUCUCUGCAUGGUGGGUUAUGACACUGGAGCCACUUCCUGCAACUUCAAACUACCAAAAUCCAACUGGGACCGCAUCAAACAAAUCAUGGCUCUCAACGGGAACAAGCCCAUUCCACUCGUCCCCAAAACCAUUGUGAAGACGACUGCAUCAACUCUAAUGGCAGAUAGCACCACCAUAGGGAUGGAAACUCACGCCAAAGCUCAGAAUGCAGAGCGACUCAGGCGACUACGACUCAUGCGUUCACGCAGACUGCAAAGGCAGAGAUCACAAGCCAGAAUGAGAACCUUUACCACCACCACCACCACCACAACCACAACCACAACAACCACAAAACCACCUGAAACUGAGAAAACCACCCCCUGGUAUGACUCCUGGUUCCCCGUGGAGAGCUGGACAGAGAACCUGUUUGACAGCAUCAACAUGGACUCAGAGCCCACACAAGAAUAUCAUUUUGAAUACACUAUUGAUUGAUUACCACACAUGUCGCCAUCUAACUCACUAACCAAAAGCUUUAAAUACACACUGAUAAGAGUUCUUAAUAGACGUUUGUGAAUGAAGCUUGCAGAAGAAAAAUAUCCUCUAAACACAAAAAACAUUUUUAACGUUGGAUCUGUCAGGUGAACGAGGAGCCUCUGCUGAGCAGAGACAUGUUUUGUUUAUUUUAACACAGUAAGUUUCAGUGAAAACGGGACAUGAUGACAAACGUCUUCAUGAGAAAAUACAUACAGAUAUAAGAUGUUUUUACUUAAAUGGCUGGCCUCAGUAAAAUGAAUUUAUUGUACUGCUGGAUGCAUUUAUUAUAAUAAAGUUGUUUUCCAAAUUA